CAAAAGAACAGUUAUCCCCUAUAUAUUAAAAGAGAAGCAUUACAACAUAUUUUUGUAGCCACAUGUCAUCACCACAAUCAUUCUUAGAAUCCUUAGAAAAAUAUGUUGGUCCAUAUAAAUAUAUAAUAAUUUUUUUAUUAAACUAACCAUAAAUUAAUCAUAAAUGUUCUUCAUUGUUUUCUUAAUUUCGGACCCAUAAGAACUAUAAGUACUACAUUCCGUUUAGCAUAGUUUUCAAAAUCGGUUUUCUAUUUUUAUACUUUCACACCAAAUGUUACAUUCUCAUUUCAAUGAAUAAAUUCUCCUCGCUUACAUGUGUUGUCCUUAUGCUUCAAAUUAAUAGUUAUAACUUUAUCUCCUUUAAAACAGCAAUGAACAAUCUUCUCAAAAACCGUAAUGCACACUUUACUUGGAACCUAAGAUACUUCAAAUAAGUUUGUAGGUGUUGAGCUGAGUGACAUAAUAUACACGCCCACACACAUAAGAGUCCAAAUUAUAGAAACACACAAUUCACCAACAAAUUAUGGACUACUAACUAUAAAAAAAAUACAAUAAGAAAGUCCACAUACACCUCAAACAUAAUCCCUACAAACCCUAAAACCAUUUAAGACCAUAAUGUCAAAAAAAUACACUGCUUUUGCAAAAACGAACAAAAUACAACGAAAGUAUACAAUUAUAUAAUUACAUAGAACACAUGACUGACCCUAUUUCUUAUAUAAUAACAAUUUAUAUAAAAUAUAUAGUCUAACUAUUUUAAUUAUUUUUUUAAUUCUCAUCCCGCCCGUAGGGCGGGCCGACCCUAGUAUCUUAUAUAUAUAAAGUAGGCUUGUACUCUGCCUACAGCCUUCCACAUCAUCAAUCAGCUAGGGGCAAUUCAUGCCACGUGUAUCCAAAAUCUUAAAUGUUCUGAUUUCGUUUUGUUUUUUGGGCUUUCGUUUUAAAAUUGGGCUGUAACUAAUUUGUGCACUGGUAAUGCUUUGUCCACAAAAUUACAAAUUUAAUCUAAAAAAAUCUAUGACGAUACCGCUUCACCUCCACUUCGGAGCGCCGGAGUAACGUUAUGUAAUUAUGACAUACAAUGGAGGAAACCCUCUAUGUCCUCUUCAACGCAUCUUCAGUUCGUCACUGGAAGUGGGAGCCCUCUCCAAAUCCCUCCAUUCCAGCGACCUCAUAGAUCCCAAAAGGUACUUCUAAUUUCUAUUUAUUUUUUCCCUUUAAUGUUCACUGCUUUCGUACUUUUUUAUAGAUGCUCACAGUCUCUGCCAAAAGUAACCGGCUCAAUACCUUCAAACACAUUCUGAAGGAAGGAUCUCCUAUGAGAUGAGAGUUUUUUAUGUCACCAGAAGCAACCAAAACUUCAGAUUUGUUGCCAGCCCUGUUGCUAUUAGAUUCACGGAGAUACAAAAUUUGAUGAGAUAGCAGAAACAAUGAACCCUCUCCCGGUGGAACUUUUCAGGUUUAGUGAUUACGAACAACUCAUGUUAUUGACUAAUACAAACACGGAUUUGUCAGAUAUUGCUGGUGAAGUGAGGGAUAUUAAAACCAUUUACAAUUAAGAAAGCCAGAGCACUCAACUUAUUAUGCCUAAUAUAAGAAGUCACAGGUUCAUAAAAACGACAUCCCCUUUAUUUUGUUAACCUUUUUAAGACCAAGGUUAGUUUUAAUAUAUCAAAAUGUUUUGCAUUUCAUCUCUUCCACUAUGCAGGGACACCACUCUUUGUCUUAGUGUUCUUGAAGGACUUGCCAUGCUUCUCCAUAAUAAAUUAGUAACGUCUGGUGUUGAGCCUUUAGUGAUGAACAUCAACCUUAAAUUAGUAGGAGCCGGUCAGAGUUACCUUAAAGGGUUAGGAGUUAGCGCAGAAAACCCCUCUGACACAUUCCUUACCCUCGGAUCUGUAGCAGUGAGUAAGGUUGUUCAUCUACUUCUACAAAAUAUGGAGAUGUCAAAGAAGAUUGAAUCUAUAACAGUAUCAGAGCCCAAUAACUACAUCCUGAAUUCACCGCCUCAGGUUAGAACACUAACGUCAACUUAUGAUCCUUUAUUAUCUGUCUCUGAUGGGCCUGACUCUGCAGUGUUUGUUACUUUUAACGCUGAGAUGACAAAAUUGACCAAUAUUUGUGCUUCACUGGUCAUGCACGUAGGCGUUGAAGACCCACAUGUCAGGGCCCUCCCACAAGGCCUCCAAGAUAUUUCGUCACCAGCGCCCAUUAAUAGCUAAUUUUGCGGUCCAGGUGAGUUCAACAACUUAGAACUUAAGUAUUUAUCCUCCUUGCAAGACUGGCAUAUUUUCAACGGUAAUGACAACCCCGGCGAUGUUAUGGCGGGAGCUGCAUCCUUAACAACACAUUCCUCUCAUGGUGUGUACAACAGUGUUCUGUGACCAGUAGAAGGUUCAAUAGUCAAGGUAUGAUUGAAGAAAACAGAGGCGAGGCAGCUCUACUACGAGCUCGACCUGUUGUUCUUGAAAUGACCGCGGAGGAGCCAACAGUUACAGAGGAUAAACACUCUGUAAAGAAGGCACGCGUUGAGUAAAAUCUCAAGGGAGUCUAUGACCCUCAUGUCGUCGACCACAUCUACGCUGGAGUUUUCUCAAAUUUAGCAUAAUAAUGAAAUAGGACUACAACUCAUUCCCACCCGUUAUGUUAGGGUCUUUGUUUUUUUUUUCAAAAUUUCGUAUGUCUCAAGUAAGCAGCUCUCUUUUUAUAAGUAUAUAAAUAACAACUCCUACUUUCCGAA